GCUGUUGUCCAAACUCCAAAUCCAAAAACACCAUUCACACUCAAAAACAUCAAAUAAAACAUCAAAAUUUAGUGAUAUAUUCAAAUGAAAAGUUAUAAUAUAAGCUUUUGAGUUUUACAUCAAUGGAGAAAAUUAGAGAAAAUAUGAUAAAAAUGGAGGCUACACCAGCAAAUUCUGCAACAUUUUUGGGUGAGACUAACGGUAAUAAUAAUAGCAGUAGCAAUACGAAUAAUAUUACGAGCUCUGCUUUACAAUUCUCAUCAUCAUCAUCAUCAUCCGCUACAGCCGCGAGUAUUUUUGACACGAUGAUGAUGAUGCCAUGUGAUUAUAGUUUCGGAGGUGAUCAGAAGGGUUAUUCUUUAGGUUUAUUAGAUUUGCUUGAUGGGAAUACUCAAGAUUUUGGUGCUUCUUCUUCUUUAUUCGAUUGGUUUCAGUUUCAAGCUCCUAUUUUAUCCGAUCAUCACCACCACCAACAGGAAGAGCAGCCGCUGCCGUCUCCGGCGUCUACUGUUCCUGAAUCGUCGGAGGUUUUGAAUAAUCCGGCCACGCCGAACUCUUCCUCGAUCUCCUCAUCGUCUAAUGAAGCUGCAAAUGAUUCUUCACAAGUUGUUAAAGCCGCAGAGGAAAAUGACCAAGAUCAAGACCAAGACAAGAACAAAAAACAGUUGAAACCGAAAAAGAAGAACCAAAAAAAGCAAAGAGAACAAAGAUUUGCUUUCAUGACAAAGAGUGAAGUUGAUCAUCUAGAUGAUGGUUAUAGAUGGAGAAAAUACGGCCAAAAAGCAGUCAAAAACAGCCCUUACCCAAGGAGCUAUUACCGUUGCACCAGUGCAGGAUGUGGAGUGAAGAAGAGAGUAGAGAGAUCAUCAGAAGAUAAUACAAUUGUUGUCACAACUUACGAAGGACAACAUACACAUCAAAGCCCAAUUACACCAAGGGGUAGCAUCGGAUUUUUGUCUGAUAAUUCAUCAAGUGCUGCCAUUUUUGCUGCUGCAAAUUCUUCUUUUGUUCUUCCACAAACUCACCAUCAUCAUCAUCAGUUUCAGCAGAACCAACAUGCCUAUAUGUACACUUCAUCACCUUCUCUUAACAUUACUACCAGUGAUUUUAUUACUCCUUCUCCAAGUUUUGUUCACCAAGAGAGACGGUUUUGCCAUUCGCCGGAUUCUUUGGUAAGAGAUCAUGGUCUGCUUCAGGACAUCGUGCCGUCUCAGAUGAGGGAGAAGUCUGCAGAGGAGCAUAAUUAGAAGGGUAUUUAAUUCUCUAACUUAUCGACUUAAUUAUGUAGAUCAUCAUAUCAUCAUGAUCGUCCGUUUUAUGAUCUUAUUAUUGAAAAAUGAUGAUGAUGAUGAUGACUGCCCUUUUUUAGCUUGAUUAAUUAUGCAGGGAUUAGUAGUUUUCUUUCUUUGUUUUUUUUUUUGUUGUAUCCAGAGAUCAUUAUGUUUUUAUGGAUAUAAUUGGGUUUUUGUAUCAUCCUUUUUCCAUCCCCACUUUAAUAGUAUAAGUUAUUCAAUUAUCUUUGAACUUUCGUUU